CAAUCACACAAAAUCUCAUCACAAAACACACACACUCACACACAAGCAGACCGGAUCCCUGUUCACAGUCAAUAUGGAAACCCCACUCCAUUUUCACUCAAACUGUAAGCUUUAAGCUUCUUCAGCUCAUCAUCAUAUCCCUUCACAAGGUCCUUCUCUCUCUCUCUCUCUCUCUCUCUCUCUCUCUAUUCUGUGUCUAUACAAUUUUUUUUUGGUUUUUAUAUCCUUAUUUGGUAAACCCUGAAUUGGGUUUUUUUUUUUGCUUUUAAUUUUUGGACUGCUUGUAAUGAAGUGGUUAAUUUAAUUUGUCUGUGUUAGAUUAGCGAAAAUUGUUUCUGAGGUCAGAAUCUUUUACCCCUCUUUUGUCUGACAAAUAUUAGGGUUUUGACCCACCAAAAAAAAGAAUAGAUUUUUCCUUGAGUUGACUGGCAGAUAUUACUGAAAGGAUUUUUGGUUUUAUAUUUUCUGGCUAAAUUGUGUUAGGAUUUGACCAGAAAGUUUCUGAGGCCAUUUAAUCAAAAUUUUGAGAGUUUUUGCAUUACAUUUUGUCGACAUUUAUCUGAAUUUUCCCUUGUAAGAUCAAAUAAAGUUAGGGUUUUGGGUGAAUUAGCUAGAAGAAGAUGGUUGAUGAUUUUUUGGUUUAGGGCAAAGAGUUGGGAUUCUGAUUUCGUUGAGUUUGAGCUGAGAAAGGAAGGAUUUUUUUUUUUUUGGGGGGAUUGUUAAAUUUGUGAUGGGAGACGGGAUGAAUCUUGACCUCAAUUUGGGGCCUAUUGAUCAUUCUAGCGAAAAUACUGAGCCCAGGUCGGGAUCGUUUCCUGACGAGACCAUGAAUUUGGAGGACUGGUUAGGUGAUGGUCCUCUUAAUAGGGCUAUAGAACCAUUUAGGCAGAGAAGACGGUGGCGGUCGGUUUGGAGACAACUACAAGUGCCACUUGAAACAAGGGACAUUGCUAUGGAGCUAAUUGGUGGGAGUGGAUUACAAGCUGGUGAGGGUAGUGUUGCAGCAGAGGAUGCACCGGUGGAUGUGGUUAAAACGUGUGAGAACAAUAAUGUGUUCUUGGAAGAUGAGGCUUUGGGAAAGAAGGAUGAUGAUGAAAAGGGCAAUGGCGAAGCAGGAAGCUUUUUUGAUUGCAAUGUAUGCUUGGACCUGGCCAAGGACCCUGUUGUGACUUGUUGCGGUCACUUGUUUUGUUGGCCUUGCCUCUAUAGGUGGUUACAUGUUCACUCAGAUGCCAAGGAGUGUCCAGUUUGUAAAGGGGAAGUGACCAUGAAAACUGUUACCCCAAUCUAUGGCCGGGGAAAGAAUGCCCGACAGUUAGAGGAUGAUUCAAAUCUGAAAAUCCCCCUGAGGCCCCAAGCACGACGUGUUGAGAGCUUCAGACAAUCUCUACAGAGGACUGCUUUUACUGUUCCUAUGGAGGAAAUGAUUCGGCGUCUUACCAGUAGGUAUGAUUUGUAUCAGGUUCAUUCCCACAAUGCUGAUGCUUCACGGGACUCACCUGAAAGAAGCCAUUCGCUGCUCAACAGGAUCCUGACAUCAAGAGGAAUGCGCAGAGAGCAGAAUAAUGUAAUAUCACCAGAUGAUGUAGUUGACUUUACACAGAGCAGUCCUACCAAUUCAGAGGUGGGGGAAGCCGGACGAAUUUCGUCACUCUUGCUUCGUAGAUCACAUCCAAAUCAAGCUGCUAUCUCUCAUCUGACAUCCACCUUGAGUUCUACAGAAAGGUUAGUUGAAUCCUACUUCCGUAACAAUCCCGUUGAUAGGACUCAGGAGCAAACUUUGCCAGUGGAUGAUAGAGAUUCUAUCUCAAGCAUCGCUGCUGUCAUACAGUCGGAGAGUCAGACAGUAGAUACUGCAGUUGAAAUAGAUUCCACAGUUUCACUCUCCACUUCAUCUUCCAGAAGAAGGAAUGAUGCUUCAAGAAUUUCAGACGUGGACAGUGGAGAUUCACGUCCCCAUAGGAGGAGAAGAUUGGGUUGAUUUGUGCUUCUCCUCUUUACUGUUGACUAUCAUUCUCUCUGCUAAAUGUCAAGUCAUGGUUUGAAAACGGGAAGUGCCUCUAUGUUACUACAUAUCGGCUUGUUCCUGAGAAUUCUUGCCUGUCUUCUUUUUCAUUCAGAAGAAGAAACAACGCAUCAAGACUUUCCAAAUCUUGAUACUGGAGAUCCACUUGCGUUAGGAGUAGAAGUUUGAAUUGAUUUGAUCUCCUCAGCUUCACUUUCAUAUUGCGCUGCUGCUCCUCCUCAGUUUCGAGUCACCUUUUAUCUACAUCAAAAUGCCUUCAAAUAAAUAUAAUAGUAGUAUUUUCUGGAAAAUAUUAAGCUUUGCUCUUAGCAUUGGUAGCGAUGAGGUACCUACAGAAACUUUGAAAAGUUUUGGUGUUUAGGAUUCCUGGUCGAUGACCUUGUUGCAGUAAUCUGAUUAUUAUGUGGUUUCAAUUUGUACAUGUUUGUAGCAAAUUUUAUGAAGAUACAGACCAAUUGAUAGUCAUCUGUUAAGAUC